CCCCGCCGAGCCUGCCAGUGCCAUGGGGAGCAGCGGCGCCGGGGUUGCGUUGCUGACGCUGUCGCUGCUCCUGCAGCCCACGUCCCAAUUCUGGCUCUUCAACGUCCUCUUUCCACCCACCACCACCCCAGAAGCUCCCCCGACCAACAGCACACCGCCCGUAGUACUCGUGCCUGGGUGUCUUGGGAACCAGCUGGAAGCAAAGCUGGACAAGCCAGAUGUGGUGAACUGGAUGUGCUACCGCAAAACAGAGGAUUAUUUCACCAUCUGGCUCAACCUCAACACCUUCCUGCCAGUGGGAGUUGACUGCUGGAUCGAUAACACCAGGGUGGUGUACAACCGAACCUCUCGGAAAAUUUCCAAUGCCCCAGGGGUGCAUAUCCGUGUGCCUGGAUUUGGCAAGACCUAUUCUGUGGAAUAUCUGGAUCAGAGCAAGCUGGCAGGUUACCUGCACACCCUGGUGCAGAACCUGGUGAACAAUGGCUACGUGAGGGACAAGACAGUUCGGGCAGCCCCCUACGACUGGAGGGUUGGACCCCAGGAGCAGCCUGAAUACUUCCAGAACCUGAAGGCACUGAUUGAGGAGAUGCACGAUGAGUACCAGAGAGGUGUCUUCCUCAUCGGGCACAGCUUGGGCAGCCUGCACGUCCUGUACUUCCUGCUGCAGCAGUCACAAGCCUGGAAAGAUCAGUACAUUGGGGGGUUCAUCUCCCUGGCUGCCCCCUGGGGAGGGGCUGUCAAGCCCCUGCGUAUCCUGGCAUCCGGUGACAAUCAGGGCAUCCCACUCAUGUCCAACAUCAAGCUGCGUGAAGAGCAGCGCAUGACCACCACCAGCCCCUGGAUGUUCCCAACCACCCUGGCCUGGCCUGAGAGCCACGUUUUCAUCUCCACACCCUCCUACAACUACACCUACCAGGACUACAAACGCUUCUUCAGGGAUGUCAACUUGGAGGAUGGCUGGUACAUGUGGGAGGACAUGAAGGACUUGCUAAAGGACUUACCUGCUCCUGGAGUGGACACAUACUGCCUCUAUGGCACAGGCUUCCCCACCGUGGAGACUUACAUAUACGAUGAGCAUUUCCCCUAUGAGGACCCCGUGGAGAUGAUUUAUGGUGAUGGGGAUGACACUGUCAACACACGCAGUUCAGAGUUAUGCAAGCAGUGGCGCAACCAGCAAAAGCAGAAGGUGCAUGUCCAGGAGCUACGAGGUGCCCACCACUUAAACAUGGUCUUCAGCAAUGUGACACUCAGUUACAUCAACGAAAUCCUGCUGGGGAAGCCACAGGAGCAGGGGGAGCCGGGGCAGGUGGGAACCAGCCCAGAGGCUGGGAAGAGGGGCAAGAUCCUACCAGGGCACAAGGUCCUUAAGGAGCCCAAAAAGAACUGA